CUCUCGAAUAUUCUGGCCAACUGACAGAAUCCUAGGAGCGUCUUCCGGCUGUCGUUGACGCGCGAGGUUAACACCUCCUGUCAUUCACUGUUAGAUUUGCGUAUCGAGCACUUUUAAUGUGAAUAUUUGCAAUGCAGGCCCUCACACCUCACGUAUACUGGGCUCAGCGGCACGGGGAAAUUUACCUGCGAGUGGAAAUCAGUGAUGCCAAGAAUCUCAUCAUUGGUGUAGAAGAGAACAUUCUUCGCUUCAGGGGUCAAGGGCAUGGAGCAAAAGGUGAAAAUGAAUAUGAAUUCAGCCUGGAAUUCUUAAAACCAGUUAAACCUGAGGUAAAACACAAAUCUACUCAACGGCAGGUGAAUAUUACAGUGAAGAAACAGGAGCACGUUUGGUGGGGUCGACUCACGAGGCAGGAAAAGAAGCCUUUGUUUCUAGCCCCUGAUUUUGACCGCUGGCUGGACGAGUCUGAUGCCGAAAUGGAGCUCAGAGAGAAGGAAGAGAAAAUAAACAGAGUCAGCGUUGAGUCAAGAGUCCGAAAGGACCCUUUUCUUGGCUUGAAAAAAGGUUUUCUGUUUAUGUACAACUUGGUCCAGUUCCUCGGCUACUCCUGGAUCUUUGUCAACAUGACUGUUCGUCUGUUCAUACUUGGGCAAGAUUCUUUUUACGACACCUUUCAUACCAUUGCUGAUGUGAUGUACUUCUGCCAGAUGUUGGCAAUAAUGGAAGUUAUUAAUCCUGCUGUGGGGUUGGUGAAAACUGGAGUCAUGCCUGCUUUCAUACAGGUGAUGGGAAGGAACUUCAUUCUUUUUGUCGUAUUUGGUUCUUUAGAGGAGAUGCAAAACAAGCCAGUGGUCUUCUUUGUCUUCUAUCUGUGGAGUACGAUUGAGAUAUUUAGGUAUCCUUUCUACAUGUUGGCCUGCAUUGAUACAGAAUGGAAGUUGUUGACUUGGGUGAGAUACACUAUAUGGAUUCCACUAUAUCCACUUGGUGUGUUAGCAGAAGCUGUGGCAGUGAUCCAGUCCAUCCCGAUCUUUGAUGAAACCAAACUCCUCAGCAUUCCCCUGCCUAAAUUCAUAGGCCUGUCUCUCAGCUUUUCCUACAUCCUGCAGGUCUACCUGGUGUUCAUGUUUCUAGGCCUCUUCGUUAACUUCCGUCACCUCUUCAAGCAAAGGAGUAGACGGUUUCGCACAAAAAAGAGGAAGGCCAAUUGAGAAGGUCCUGUGUAUCUUCACAUCCCUGUGUUUCUGUGAUUUAAUUCUCAACCUUUCUAUCCUUCUUUCUUUUAUAUAAAGUGCAUUUACUCUGAAAUAAAGGAGGACCAUGAUCAAGCUGUACAGUAUGUAAAUGACUAUUACAAGAACGCUAAAGAUAAACAAUGACCUUAUUAAAUAAAUUUAAAGAGUACCAUCAAGGUAUUUAUAUAAUUUGUUUCAACAUUUCAACUAUGUUCAGUAUGUUUAAUGUUAGGUUUGUAAAAGAUUUACCGGACUGAAAACACAAGCAGGAUUUUGUCAUCCUGUCAUUCCCUGAGAUGUUACAUUAGUUAUCUCUGUCACCGAGACAGAUCUUGAACCUCAGGGAAAACUGCAUGAAACAUCAUCAUUGUAUGUGGGAUUUGGACUUGAUUUAUAAAUUCAACUGAAAAUAUUUCAUCAAAAAUGUCAAUUUGUUUUAUUUGUUCACUAGUAAAAGCUAUUUACACAAAUUAUUACAAAACCUGUAAAUGCAUUUCCUUGA